AUGACUAGCACCAUUGCGAACUAUCCAGAAUCAGAAGUGGCGGAGACCGAGCCUCUCGCAAGUGACACAGAAAAUCACGAUAGUCAAGCCACUCAUAAUCGCACCACUGUCAAUCUCAAGUCAUCAGAUUUGAAGGUGGAGUUUAAGAAGAUAUACCAAAAGCACGGAAGCUUGAAAGAACGCCGUCUCUGGUUAAGGGACAAUCUGAGUAAAAAAUGCAACAGCUGUGAAGAAAAAAAUCUUAAGUGCCUCUCACAGCCUGACAAGAUCCGGUGUGAGGCUUGUGCGCGUCGUAAAGAAGGAAGCUGCUCAAAAGUUGCAGAAGAGAAAAAAGACAGGGUAAUGAAGAGCCUUAAAAUUGACGCCAGUACAUAUGAUGCUCUGCUAUCCGAGUACAACAAGAAGAAGGACAGUAAACCUAGAGUGCGUGGGCGUAAGACGACAGCGCCGAAGAAGUCAACAGUAAGUUGUAGAGUCAGUUCCCCUAUCGACAAAGUGGCCGUCAAGACAUCGGUGAAGAAGCCUACCAUCUUGUUUCCGAGUUCGCCACCACGGGCCAAAAAAUCGCCCACUCGACCUAUAUCUAGUGGUACUAACCGUGAACAACCGGAAAUCCAUAGUCGGACUGUUGCUUUGACGAGAAGCGCAGCACCAGCGCCUUCGACACCUUCUAAGAGCAAGCUUACUGUCGAGAAACCAAAUUCAGCUUCUCGGAAGUUUGUCCGAUUCCUUGAAAGUAAAACAACGAAACGUGCCAAGGAUCCGGAGGACGAUAGCACGAGCUCUGAGAGUUCUGAGAGUGAAAAAGAUGAAGAAGACAAGUGCAAAGCCGUCAGGGCCAACUUGACUCCCCUUGCUCGGUUUCCAAGACCGAUCCCAAAGAAAAACGCUGGUUUACAUCACGAGGUCGAAAAGAACCCAGAUUCAGACGGUUCUCAAGAUAGCGAUAGCUCGCACUCUGAAGCAUCCGAGCAGUCAGAAGAAGAUCAUAGAGGCGACCAGGAAGCAGGCGCAGUGUUACUUGAAGUCGAGGAUGAAGUUCCAUUUGACGGUGAGAGUGUUGAUGCCGCGGAUGAGGACGACCAAGAUUCCAAUCCUAUCGUUGCUGGACAAAAAGUAAACGGUGAGCUCGGAUAUCUACUGUCGAUGACUUAUCGUCUCAGUAUUCACUACGAAGCUUUGAAAUUGAACAAACCUGAUUCUACCACCAUGACCAUUCCCGCCGUAUCCAGACCAGCAGGGCAGGACUUUGUCGAACUUCAUCUACUCAAACGCAAAGUCGAGAUGAGCAUGCAGAACAUUGAUCGUAGAUCCUCAGUAUGGUGUAACCUGAACGAGGUAGCGGGAAGGCUGGGUGAUAUGGCGACAUCACAAAUGGAUGAGAUUAUCACCAAAGCUGGUACCUUUAUUGGAAGCCGUAGCGAGGUUGAGGUAGACGGAGGGUAUGAGCGUGAAGGGCAGGAGCCAGAACGCAAGCGGUUGAAAACGAUGAGUUCGAAAAAUACGAGGAAAUCUAUCGAGGCUAAGCAGAGGCAGAGAGAUGAUUAG